AUGAAGUUCUACGCGGUUUCUGCCCUGGCCACCCUGGGCGCCUUGACCGGCGUGGCUGCUUCGCCAGCCAAUGUGGUCUACCGACAUCCGUGGAUUGUCGAGAGAGGUGACCACGAGCCUCAUCCUCCUCAUACUCCCCCGGAGCAUCAUACUCCUACCUGGUGGCGCCCUCCUCCACCUCCCCAUACCAAGCCGCCUCACACCAAGCCUCCUCAUCCGACUUUGCCCCCGACUCUGCCGCCGGUGACUACCACUCCGUGCGAGACGGACACCGAGACGGAGCCUCCGGUGCCUACCUCUACUACUCCUUGCGAGACGGAGACGGAGACUGAGCCCCCUGUCCCAACUACUACUACUACUCCAUGUGAGACCGAGACCGAGACCGAGACCGAGCCACCGGUGCCUACGAGCACGCCGUGUGAGACGGAUACUCCCACUGAGCCUCCGGUCCCGACUACCACAACUCCAUGCGAGACGGAGACAGAAACGGAGCCUCCUGUGCCAACCACUACUACUCCAUGUGAAACUGACACUCCCACCGAGCCGCCUGUUCCUACGACUACAACUCCAUGCGAGACGGAGACUGAACCCCCUGUCCCGACCACCACCACGCCCUGUGAGACGGAGACUGAACCGCCUGUUCCUACUACUACUACGCCAUGCGAGACUGAAACUCCCACGGAACCCCCGGUGCCAACUACCACCACUCCAUGUGAGACUGAGACUCCUACUGAGCCGCCGGUUCCUACCACGACCACCCCGUGCGAGACGGAGACUGAACCCCCUGUCCCCACUACUACCACGCCGUGCGAGACGGAGACACCUACCGAGCCUCCUACUCCCACCACCCCUUGUGAAACUGAGACGGAGACCAAGCCUCCAGUGCCUCCGACUGAGCCUCCUGUCCCAACCACUACGCCCUGCGAGACGGAGACGGAGACUCCCACCGAGCCUCCCAGCCCUACAACUCCAUGCGAGACCGAGACUCCUACUGAGCCUCCUACUCCUACCACUCCAUGUGAGACUGAGACCGAAACUAAGCCUCCGGUCCCUCCUACCGAGCCCCCAGUGCCCCCAACUACCACUCCCUGCGAGACCGAAACGGAGACUCAGCCUCCGGUCCCUCCCACCAACCCUCCCGUGGAGACCACUACUCCAUGCGAGACUGAGACGGUGACUCCUCCCCCGGAGACUCACACGCCUCCUCCUCCUCCCCCUCCCCCGCCUCACACCGAGACCAAGACUCUUCCUCCUCCUCCUCCGGAGACUCACACCCCUCCCCCUCCCCAAACCGAAACCGAGACUCUUCCUCCCCCUCCUCCUCAGACCGAAUCUCCUCCUCCCCCUCCUCCGGAAACCGUGACCCAGCCCAUCCCCAUCACCACCCCUGGAUCCACCGUCGUGCCUCCAGUCCCAGGAACCACGCUGUCGACUUCCACCAAGCCGACUGGCGAGUCUCCCCAAGAACCAUCCAAGACCCAGCCCGCCCCUCCCCCUCCCGAGGCCACGACCUCGACCUCUACUACCACGGAGCCGACGGCGCCCAUCUUCACCGGCGCCGCGGCCCUCAAGAGCGUCGAGUCCACUUUCGCGGGGGUGAUGGCUCUGGGUGCCAUUAUGAUUAUGAUGUAG